UCAUUUCAUGUUGGUCAAUGAUCUCAUUCCCCUAACUAAAAUUGACCAUUCUUCAACUGCACCCUUCCUGCUCCUCCCUCUCUUUUCUUUUUCAUUUUAUCAUCAUCACCCAACCCCACACAUUUCUCUCUUAAUCCCUCUUCUCUCUCUCUCUCUCUCUCAGACUCUUCCCCCUGAGAGAUUGAGAAUCGAAAUGUGCCCUCUCAGAUUCAUCCUCGUCUUCCUCUCCGCCACCCUCGCCGGCUUCUUCCUCCUCAGAAACCUCAAAUCCGAGCCCCCCCAAUUGACCCCCACCGACGAUGACACCCACCUCGAGAUUAACCCCAAAAACUCCCCCAAUCGAUUUUCCAAGGUUUGCUCAGCCAUGGAAUCUGGGUUCUGGACCUUUGUGGACAUGGCCAGUGGACGAUACCUAUGGAGGCAUUUGGUCACGUCUUCCUCAAAGUCAACGGAUUGACCUCUUUGGGGAACUGGGUCUUACUUCUAAUAACACGUAUACGUUCAGGUUUGGGAUUGACUGCUAUGGUGGUGGUGGUGUAUGAUAUUGAAAGCUCAUUUGCUAAGAUGUGUAAUUUUUAGAGAUCCAAUUGAAAAAUCCAUUGUUUUGUGCUGCUUUAGGAAUGGUUAUGUAGCUGUAAUUACCAUUCAUCAAUGUCCAUCCUAGUGUUGUAAUUGUUGCAAUGUCCAUUUAUCUGGUUUCUGUAUCUAACAUUGAGUGUGGUGUGGUUCUCUUACUAUCCUAUAAAAGCUAUAAAUCACAAGGUUUGGCUACUUUUAUACCUUAUACUUCAGCUACU